UGGAUUGAAUCGAUGUUUACUUUAUUUCUCGUCGUCUGUUCGUUUUUUGACUUCGUCUCUGUUUAAAUCGCAGUAAUUAUUCAAAUAGAAGAAAUCAUGGCGAAGAAAUUAAGAGGUCAGGGAACUGAAAGAGUAAUGAAAAAAUUGCAGACUAACAUAGAACUAGGCCAAUAUUAUGAGGCUCAUCAAAUGUAUAGGACACUUUAUUUUAGGUAUCUCACUCAGAAGAAAUAUGAAGAACUAAUAACAUUAUUAUAUGAAGGAUCAGUUCUCUUCUUUACACAUAAUCAGCAUAAUAGUGGUUCAGAUUUAGCUGUCCUCUUGAUAAAUGUGUUGAAUGAAUCAGAUGCAAAUGUAACAGAUGAAUAUAUUGAUAAACUAGGAAAUCUUUUUGCAAUGAUGUUACCAGAUUCUCCUGAAAGGACCAAUUUUCUUACUACUGCCUUGAAAUGGUCAAGUAAAUAUAUGGUUGAGUCCAUUGCCUUUGGGCAUCCUCGUUUGCAUCAAUCUGUUGCAUUAACAUUGUGGAAAGAAAAAAAUUAUCAGCAGUCUAGGUAUCAUUUCAUCCAUUCUACUGAUGGUCAUGGCUGUGCUACCAUGCUUAUUGAAUAUCACUCAACAAAAGGUUACCCUAGUGAAGUUGAUCUGUUUAUAGCUCAGACAGUCCUACAGUAUCUGUGCCUUAAAAAUAAAUCAACAGCAUCGACUGCAUUUCAUACUUACACAGAAAAGCAUCCAGCUGUUUCAUCUGGUUUUCCAUACCUUUUACCCCUUCUGAAUUUUCUUCAAUUUUUAUUACAAGCCAUUGAAAGAGAAAAAUUAGCAUAUUUUCGAGCGAUAUGUGAGCAGUAUCAACCAUCUUUGAAAAGAGAUCCCACUUAUUCUGAGUAUGUGGAGCGUAUUGGACAACUAUUUUUUGGUCUCUCCCCUCCUCCAAAACAACAAGGGUUGUUUGGUAACUUAUUGCAGUCACUAUAUGAAAGUUUUGAUGAUUCUUUUAAUGAAGAGACUGAACCAGUAGCUGGGUCUUCAAAAACAGAAUCACUGAAGAUACAGCCAGAAGAUUUAGAUUAAUUUUUCUUCCGUAGACAAAUAAAAUUGUGUAUCUUUUGAAUGACUAUUUCAUUAUGCUGUAAUUAAGGGAAAAAUCUUGUAAUUUAUAGAUCACUUUGCAAAAGUCAAUGUUUUAUAGGAUGUUCUAAAUGUAUUUCAAAUGACAUAAU